AUGGCAAGAGGAAAGGCGCGUUACCACUGGGUGGUGGUGGGUAUCGGUGGCUGCAAGCUGGGUGGGGACCCGGGGCCCUCACCCGGGGAUUCCGUCAUGGCCUUGGCCUGGCCCGCUGCUCUGGCCACGGCCUUCAGAAGCCAGCUCUCGUCCCAGGGCUGGGUGGGCGCCAGGCCCCAGGAAGAUGGCCCAGGUGACAAUGGAUGUUCCUCCGAGCUCAGAACAUGGUCCAGCCGUGGUCGCCUUAGCCGAUUCUCUCCACUGAUGGCGUGGGGUGGAGGGCUUGCUGCGUCUCACUCGUUAAAUUUUGGAGAUCAACAGUAUGAAAAGGUUUGUGAAUCUGCACAAACUUCACUCGGUUAA